AUGGGCUUGUCGGACCUAGCCGUCGACCGUCUCAUCCCAUGCAUUACUGGCAUCUGGCGCGUGGAUUGGAAUGGAAUGGAAGAAGGAUGGAAGAAUCUGGACUUUCUCGGCGCUGCGGGUUGGUGGCAGGCUGGCUGCCUAAGAGGUGGCUUGGGUUUAACCUUGAGGUUUGUGGCGUUCUGGCGAUUUGUGUGGUUGGGAGUGGGUAAAAGCGAGGAAGGCCUGAGCCGGAUGUGGUGCCAAUGGCAUGUGAGAUUCAAAAACGAAGGAAAGAUGAAGGUUGCAAAUGAGGGAAAUCAUGGGUGA